AUGUCUCUUCACUCGAGCUACAUCAACAGCACCAACUCUACUUCAACCAGGAAGUUGAUGCCAAAGUACAACAUCACUGGUCAUCCCAGAAACGUGCACAACCUUGACCAACCCAACUCGGCUGCUCAUCCGUGCACCGGUCCCACCAACAUAAUCGUCAGAAAUCGCUCGUCCAACAACCCUUCGCGCAAACCGAUGUCCGUCAUGAGCGGCAGCCCAUCGAACGGCGCCGAGUCGGGCGGCGGCGCAAUGCCCGCAUCUCGCAUCAGCCCUGUUCCCAUCAAGCUGAAGUUUCAACCUACUGCUAAGCUUCGCCCCUUGAAGGAAGAAGUCCUGGAGCUCAUUGAACCAUGGCGGGAUGAUGCUGAUAAUCCACCACCUUUCACGGCUGGCGAACUGAUCGUAAUCACCCUGGUGCUCAACGAUCUGCCGGCCCUUCGACGAAAGGAAAUACAUGCUGAGAUCCUUGCGGCUUUCCAGUUGUACGGCGUUGCAGCCAUGGUGGAAUAUUCAAUCAUACUCGACGCUCAACUCAACAGCCCAACUGGACCAAUUGGUGUUCGUCUCGAGGAUGUCGUUGAUGGCUUCCAAAACGCUAUGAAGGACUUUGAGCUUCCUCUGACUUCCGUUGUGGGCACUGGGGAAGAGGCGGGCAUGGACUUGUAUACCAUAACGUCCAGUGCUGCGCGUGUCUACUUGCGCGAUCGACUGAGCCCUCCGAGGCAAGGAACUUUCAACUUCAUGGGACUGCCGACGGAGAUUCGUGAGAAGAUAUUGAAAAUGCUUCUGGUCUUCCCCAAGCCUGCACUCACGGUCGGCAAUCGAGAUACGAGUGGAUCGAGAACGGAAUCGCUCAAGCUUGGUCUACUGUCGCGCGAGGACAAGGUAGAACCCGCAUACGGAACAAUGCUCACUGUCCAACACCAUCAGAUUGCGGUGGAGCCUCUCAAGAAGACUCUCGCCCUUCUAGGAGUUUCGCAUCAGAUGCGUGACGAGGCAUUGCCUGUAUUCUACCGCCAAAACAACUUCCGAUUCGGCUCACUCGAUCAUCUCCGCAAAGCGAUCAAGAAUAUGACUUUCGAGACCAUCGAGCAAAUUCAGGACAUUCGGAUCGUCAUGAGUGACCACUGCAGCAGUCGUCGUUCGCUGCCAGGAUACCGACAGCUGUCGCCGAAGAAUCUCAUCUUGCUAGUGCCGCUCUACACCUCCUUCGGGUACUUCUGCUCCGGAUCAGACGAAUGGGAUUCUACAACUCCUUCUGAAACUCAGUUGGAGAAGCUCAAUUCACUCGCAGAAUUGUGGGACAUUGUUGCUGUAGCAAAACGUGCCAAGCAUCUCUCAAUUCAGGGGGCAGGCUUCCUUGGAGGUUGGCUGCGAGAGAAGAUCGACAGCAACGACGAAAUGCCAAAAUUACCGAAGACGACAACAGGAAUCAUUGAGCGGGUCUGCAGACGAUCAUAG